AUGGAGAGCUCAAUUCAGAUCCGCCUCCACCCCUUCAAUUCUCCCGAAUCAUACAAACUCGUCAAAGACCUCGAAAGCGACCUUGCCGCCUUCUACCCCGACUGGGAACAGCUGAGCCAGCCCAACUACGUCGGCAAUCCUCGUCCCGCGACUCCUGACGCAAGUGCGAUCUCAGCAACUUCUCAGCGACCUGCAACGGAAGAAAAGGAGAUCACACCCUUCUCCGACCUGAUUCCCUCCAAAACUUCUUCCACCACAAGCGACGAGCCUGGUCUGCUCUUCUUCAUCACCUUCGAUAACUCCAGGCCCGUCGGCUGCGUAGCACUUCGUCAACUCACGCCGCACGCUUCACAGCCAGACUAUGUUCCACAUACUCUGCCACCACAGCUGUCCUCAGACAAGACGUAUGUCGAGGUGAAGCGAAUGUUCAUCGCGCACAGCCAUCGUGGACGCAGACUUUCGAAGACGUUGCUGGCGCAUGCGGAGAAGCAUGCUCGGGAGGAGCUGAAGGCGGAUAUGGUUGUGCUUGAGGUCGGUUUGAGGCAGAAAGCUGCGGUUGCACUGUAUCGGUCGUUGGGCUAUAAGGAGAGGGCGAUGUAUGGGGAGUAUGUCGGAAUGGAGGUCGAGGCUGGCGGCGAUUCGAUUUGUAUGGAGAAGUCGUUGAGGUAG